AUGGCUUCUGACGACAGGUCUACGCCGCUCGAUAGCAACAUACCUGGUGGCUGGCCAGCAACCCCAUCUACACGACAGCAGUCAUAUUCAAGCUACAUUGGCCGGCCGUCUGUCCCUUCGCGUCUUGCCAGCCAUGUCGAGGAACAACGAAGGCCGCAGCCACUGACGCAAGACGUUGAAGUGGGUAAGCAAGAACAUCACAUCGUCGAGGAUGAGACCGUGUCACAAUCUUAUGGAAUUGCAAAUGAUGCACCCAUCCUCGGUUAUGGCGCGACGUCUUAUAGGGACUCCACGGCAACUGGACUGAGCGAUGACACGGCUGUAGCUUCUUCAAUGUACCCUUCCUCCAUGCCUUCGCCUCCGCCCGCGCAAGCUCAUCCAACGGAAGAAGUGGAAGUGCUUCAUCAUGACUCCACCCCGAGUAUCAAGGACGAUGAGAAGCCACAACGGCCAACUCUGGAGACCACUCCCAGCAGACGUGCCAUGACCGAGGACGAUGUGAGGCGCCACCUUUCGCGCCGCAAUACAAGUAAAAGUGGCGAGCUACUGAGCCGCGCUCAAACGCAGGACGAUGUCGAUGACAUGGCGGAGAUCAACAAGCUCAUGUCUCGCAUGUUCGGUCGAACUCGUCAGGAACACUCGGAGGAAGAGAAGACGAGGCAUGUCGGAGUCGUCUUCAAAAAUCUCACAGUCAAAGGCAUGGGUCUUGGAGCUGCUCUGCAACCCACCUUCGGUGACGUCUUCCUUGGCUUGCCUCGCUUCUUUGGCAAUUUGUUUACGAAGGGCCCGCGGAAAGCCGCAGGUAAACCACCUGUCAAGACCAUCAUUGACGACUUCUCCGGCUGCGUGCGUCCGGGUGAAAUGUUAUUGGUUUUAGGACGACCUGGUUCCGGAUGCUCAACUUUCUUGAAGGUACUUGGUAAUCAGCGAUUCGGCUACGAGAGUGUGGAUGGCGAGGUCGCCUACGGAGGAACAAACUGGCACGAGAUGCUGAAGAAAUACCGUGGGGAGGUACUUUACAAUGGCGAAGAUGACUUACAUUAUGCCACUAUCUCUGUCAAGAACACACUGGAGUUCGCACUGAAGUGUAAGACACCGGGCAAGGAGAGCCGGAACGAAGAGGAGACCGCCAAGGAAUAUGUGGCCAGCUUCCUCAAGGCUUGCACAUCCUUACUUUGGAUUUCUCACACAUUAGGUACCAAGGUGGGCAACGAGUACGUCAGGGGAGUAAGUGGUGGCGAAAAGAAGAGAGUCAGUAUCGCUGAGGCCAUGAUCACUAAGGCCUCUACGCAAAUGUGGGACAACAGCAGCCGUGGCUUGGAUGCAAGUACCGCGUUGGAGUACGUCGAAUCGCUCAGAUCACUAACCAAUAUGGCCCACAUAUCCACAGGUGUCGCGCUCUAUCAAUGUGGAGAGGGCCUGUAUGCAUGCUUCGAUAAGGUCAUGCUCAUCGACCAGGGCAGAUGCGCAUAUUUUGGCCACACAGAAGAUGCUGCCAGAUAUUUCGAAGAUCUUGGAUUCCAACGCCCGGAUAGGUGGACCACAGCCGACUUUCUGACCUCUGUUACCGACAAGCACGAGAGGAGGAUCAAGGAGGGCUGGGAGGACCGAGUCCCUCGUACCGCAGACGAAUUUGGCGACCUCUUCGUUAAAAGCGAACAACACCAACGCAACUUGAAAGAGAUCGAGGAUUUCAAGCAGGAGGCUGAGCUUCAAGCUGAGGAACGCAAGAAGGCCCAGGGCAAGGCCACCAAGCGGAAGAAUUACACCAUACCUUUCUACAAGCAAGUGAUUGCUUGCACUCACAGACAGUUCCUUGUCAUGUUCGGUGACAGACAGUCGCUCGGAGGCAAAUGGGGUGGCAUUCUCUUCCAGGCGCUGAUCGUGGGUUCGCUAUUUUACAACCUGCCAGGUACUGCUCUUGGAGUUUUCCCGCGUGGAGGUGUGAUCUUCUUCAUGCUGCUUUUCAACGCUCUGUUGGCCUUGGCGGAGCUUACGGCUGCUUUUGAGUCCCGACCCAUCCUUCUGAAGCAUAAAUCAUACCAGUUCUAUCGUCCUGCCGCAUACGCUAUCGCUCAAACAACGGUGGAUGUGCCAUUGGUCUUCGUUCAGGUCUUCAUCUUCGACAUCGUCGUGUACUUCAUGGCUGGCCUCUCGCGCACUGCUUCACAAUUCUUUAUCAGCUUAUUGUUCCUCUUUAUGCUGACCAUGACGAUGUAUGCACUGUUCCGAGCCGUGGGCGCGUUGGUGGGAUCCUUGGAUGACGCCACCAAGAUCACAGGUGUGCUCAUACAGGCACUCGUUGUGUACACCGGGUAUCUCAUUCCGCCUUCGAAGAUGCACCCAUGGUUCUCAUGGAUCCGAUGGAUCAACCCAGUCCAGUACGGCUUCGAAGCGCUGAUGGCGAACGAGUUCGCAACACUGCAAAUCCAGUGUGAGCCUCCAUUCUUGGUUCCUUCUGGUCCAGGGUCGAGCGCGCAGCACCAAGGAUGUACCCUGCAGGGCAGCGCUCCAGACAGCAGUGUUGUCAGUGGUGCAGCGUACAUCGAAACUGCGUAUACUUAUUCAAGAUCACACCUGUGGAGAAACUUUGGCUUCAUAUGCGCUUUCUUCGCUGCUUUCGUCUUCCUCACUGCCCUAGGCAUGGAAAUACAGAAGCCAAACAAAGGUGGUGGAGCCGUCACGAUCUACAAGCGUGGCCAGGUGCCCAAGUCUGUUGAGAAAGCACUGGAGACUGGUGACAACUCUACUGAUCUUGAAAAGACCAAGAGCGGGACUCACGAUCCGACAGCCAUUCAGGAAGCUGAGAAGAAGCAAUCUGAUUCUAGUGAAUCAGAAGGCGAUUCUGCCGUCGAAGGUGUGGCGAAGAAUGAUACCAUCUUUACCUUCCAGAACGUGAACUACACUAUCCCAUAUGAAGGUGGCGAGCGACAGCUGCUCCAAAACGUACAAGGGUUCGUACGUCCUGGCAAGCUCACAGCACUGAUGGGUGCUUCCGGUGCUGGAAAGACGACACUUCUUAACACUGUCGCACAACGCAUCAACUUCGGCGUUGUUAGUGGUGACUUCUUCGUCGACGGUCGUCCUUUACCAAGAUCUUUCCAACGAUCUACUGGCUUCGCAGAGCAGCAAGACGUCCACGAGCCUACCGCUACAGUGCGAGAGGCACUCCGAUUCAGCGCCAAGCUUCGCCAGCCUCGUGAGGUACCUCUGCACGAGAAGUACGAAUAUGUGGAGACCAUCUUGAAGUUACUGGAAAUGCAGGAUAUCGCCGGUGCGACCAUUGGCAAGAUCGGUUCUGGUUUGAACCAAGAACAACGUAAGCGUUUGACUAUAGGCGUCGAGCUGGCAAGUAAGCCAGAGCUUCUGAUGUUUCUGGACGAGCCGACUUCUGGACUGGACUCUGGAGCAGCUUUCAAUAUUGUUCGCUUCCUGAGGAAACUCGCCGACGCUGGACAAGCAAUCUUAUGCACUAUUCAUCAACCGUCAGCUGUUCUAUUCGAGGAGUUUGAUGAGCUUAUUCUGCUGAAGUCUGGAGGUCGUCUGGUCUACCAGGGAGAGCUCGGGCAUGAUUCCAGAAAGCUCAUUGACUACUUUGAGGCUAAUGGAGGCAAGAAGUGUCCGCCCACGACUAACCCUGCUGAAUAUAUGCUCGAUGUGAUCGGAGCUGGCAAUCCUGAGUACAAGGGUCAAGACUGGGGUGAUGUCUGGCAGGACUCUCGCGAGAACAACACUCUUGGUGAAGAAAUUCAGAAGAUCGCUGCUGACCGCCGAAACAAUGUAGACGGCGGCGAGACGACGGACCAGCGAGAGUUUGCAAUGCCACUCGGAACACAGGUCUACACUGUCGUCCACCGGAACUUCGUCGCCUACUGGCGCUCCAAGGAUUAUCUCCUCGGAAAGUUCGCACUACACAUCAUCACAGGUCUCUUCAACGCCUUUACUUUCUGGAACCUCGGCCAUUCGCAGGUCGAUAUGCAAUCGCGGCUGUUCAGUAUCUUCAUGACACUGACCAUCAGUCCGCCACUGAUCCAACAGCUUCAGCCAAAAUACCUCGAGCUACGCCAGAUCUACGAGUCUCGAGAACGGAAUUCGAAGAUCUACAGCUGGUUCGCCUUCACCUGUGCAGCUAUCUUGCCUGAGCUGCCAUGGAGUUUCUUGGCUGGUACCAUCUACUGGGCUGCGUGGUAUUGGCCACCACACUUCAGCUACGACAGCUUCACAAGCGCUUCUGUCUGGCUCUUUGUGACCUUGUUCGAAGUGUUCUAUGUAUCCUUCGGCCAAGCGAUUGCAUCUUUCGCACCCAACGAAUUGCUCGCCAGCUUACUCGUACCGCUGUUCUUCCUUUUCGUGGUAUCAUUCUGUGGUGUCGUGGUCCCAUACGCCAGCUUGCCAUACUUCUGGCGUGCAUGGAUGUAUUGGCUUUCACCUUUCAAGUACUUGCUCGAAGGACUGCUUGGCUUGGUCACCCAUGGCCAGGUCGUUCAGUGCGAUGAGUCGGAGUUGGCACGUUUCAGUGCUCCCCCUGGACAGACUUGUCAGAGCUAUGCCGGCCCGUACGUUGCUCAGGCUGGCGGCUACGUUACAACACUCGAGUCAGGCCUUUGUGGGGUCUGUCAGUACAGCAGUGGUGAUGAGUUCGCUGCGAGCUUCAAUGUCUAUUACCGAUAUGUGUGGCGAGACUACGGCAUCUUUUGGGCAUUCUGCAUCUUCAACAUCGUGGUGAUCUUCUUCUGUUCAUGGCUUUACUUGCAGGGUGGCAGGAAGGUAAAAGCCGCUCUGAGUCCGAAGGCUAGGAAAGAAAGGAAAGCCUCAAAGUCGAGACGGCAGGAAGCAGCUGGCGACAAGGCUUGA